AUGAACUCAGCGGGCUCAGACUCCACUCCUGUUACCCAGGAUCCAGUUCGAUCUGCCAUCCAAGCCCAAGCCCAGGGAGCAGCUAACUCUGAAACCCCUGCCCCGUAUCCUAGAGAGGACGAGCCGAUGCAACUAGGACGCACUCGUUUGACACCCGAAGAACGAGAGAAGCGUAUGAGGGAGAGGCGCUGCUACUACUGUGGGGGGUUUGGUCAUUUCUCAGCCACAUGCUCGGCAAAAGCUCGGGCUCGCCAGUGA